AUGAACCUUGAGAAACAUGAAAAGAAGGAAAAUAAGGAGAAAACAAAGGACACCGAAAAGAAGUCUAUCACUUUAAAGGCUUCAAGUUCUAAGUCAUCCACCAAUGAUACGCGUGAGAGCGAAUCAAGUGAUAAUGAUACAGAUUCGGAUGAAGACAUGGGGUUGUUUGUAAGGAGAAGACAAUCAAAAUUCUCAAAUCAAGAAGAAAGGAAGGCAACUAAGUCAAGAGGCUUAUGUUACAAUUGCGGAAAGGCCGAUCACUAUAAGCCGGAUUAUCCAUUGUUGAAGAAAGACAAAGGAAAAGACAAACAUCACAAGAAGUCUAGCAAAGAUAGAAGAGCAUACAUUGCAUGGGAGAGCGAUAUUGAGCCCUUAAGCAAUGGUAACUCAAGUGAUGAAGAAGAAAAGUUGCAAAAAGCCUUUAGUACUCUACACAAUGAGGCCAAGGAAGCUUUUAAACGCUUAGCCUCAAAUAAGAAGAUUUUCUGGUAUUUAGAAAAGAAGAUUUCUGAUUCUAAAAAGGAAUUAGAAACUCUUAAGAAAUCUAUGAUAGAGGCUACUAAAGGAAAAACUGAAGAUGAUAUGGGAUUUUGGUUUAGAUGGGCUUGA